AGUCACCGUUUUACUAAUUAAUCGGAUUUACCUUUUGAAGCUAAAGUACGUUCAAACGCUCUUAUUCAUAAAAAUGACUUCAGUGCUUGAACAUCUCGUUUCCGGUUAUAGCAAAUUAGUGCAAUGGUCAGACACUCGGAGCAGGUAUUUUCCAUUCAUGGGUUCCCCGCUACCAAUCAUCACGGUUUUAUCUUUGUAUUUCUGGUACAUUUUUGAUUACGGCCCCAAGGUGAUGAAAAACGCACCAGCCAAGGAUAUUACAAAUGUCAUGAAAACGUAUAAUUUGCUACAGAUAUUUUUCAAUUUUAUUGGAAUAACUUGGGGUGUUAUUUUGUGGAACGACACCAAACUUUUAUGUACUCCAAUCACUGAAAAUAUACUAGUAUUUCCCCACUACAUGUACUUUCUCCUUAAAGCAGUCGAUCUCAUAGACACUGUAUUUUUCGUACUACGUAAAAGGUUUGACCAAAUAACGUUCCUCCAUGUCUAUCACCACGUGAUAAUGUUGGUCGGAUCUUGGGUCACUUGUAACUACUUUCCAGGAGGCCAGUUGUACUUUUUAGGCUUUAUUAAUUCAUUCGUCCAUGCAGUCAUGUACUUAUACUACUACCUAAGUUUAGUAGAUCCGUCAUACAAGAAGAGUAUUUGGUGGAAGAAGCACCUAACUCAGCUGCAAAUUGCCCAACACUGCACUGUCUUUGUUACCUUCUUGAUACCUCUUCUCAACCCCGAGUGUUCUUACCCGAAAUGGAUACUAAUGUCCUACCUGCCGGCAUGUGCUCUCAUGAUUUACCUCUUCACCGACUUUUACGUCAACGCCUACGUGAAGAAGAAGCCGCCAAAAGCGGUUCAAUGAUUGUUAGAAUAAUUAAUUUAUGUCAUGUCUAAUAAAAAAUUUCGUUACGAUUUUUUAA